UAUUUAGAGGCCAGAGGUCCAAAUUUGGCCACAAAGCGCGGCAAUGGGUGCAUGCAGAGCGUCCAUUUCCCAUCUCCUCCUUCCUUCUCCAUCGUCUCCCCCGAACCCGAACAAGCCCCAAUCCCCAAACCCUUCCAAAACCCUAAUCCCCAUCCCGCCAUUGGUCAACCGGCGCUACUUCCUCUGCUCUCUCCCGAUUCCCGCUCUCCUCCUCUUCACGGCAAACAGAACAACGUCCACUUGCCUCGCCGCGGAGGGCUUUGACCCUAUAAGCUCGGCGGAGAGAGAUGCCAGUGCUCUGGUCUCUCGAAGGGUGGCGCAGGCGGUCGAGCUGCUGGAUAAAGGGAGAGAAUUGCAGGCUCAAGGUGACUUCGACAGAGCUCUUCUCUACUUCAAUCAGGUGAUCGAGAAUUAUAAAGACUUUGCGUUCUCGGAGUAUGCGAGAGUCGGCAGGGCGUUGGUCCUUUACGAGGUCGGAGACAGGGAAGAGGCGAUCGCGGAAAUGGAGGACGUUUCCAUUUCUUUGAAGGGCUACCCAGAAGUCCACGCGGCUCUUGCAGCGGCCCUGUAUGUGGACAAGCACGCACCUCUUCUUGCUGAGAACCAGUUCACAAUUGCGACACUGCUCGAUCCCCAUUACACGGAUAUCUCUUAUGUCAAGUACACCAAGCACUGGCCUCCGAGUUUGAUUAGUUCGUUACAGCAGUUUAUCACGCUAACUUAGGAAACUGUAUUAUAUCCCCCAAGUAAAGCUUAUUGACAAGGAACCAUCAUCGCGCACAAGGCCUCAUUUUAUGCAGUGAUUUGUGUAUAGACAAAUCAGUUUGUCGAAGAGAAUAUGUAAAUCCUGUCAGUCCAAUGAGCUGCAAUAUUGUUUCAUAUGGAUUGUAUACCAUUGGCAAAUGAGAAUACAUCACGAAUUUAUACCAA